AUGGACAGACCAGAUGUAUUUGUUGGCUCAAUCGACCAAGGAACUACUAGCACCAGGUUCCUCAUUUUCAACGAAGCUGGCGAGCUAGUGGUAUCUCAUCAAGUCGAAUUUACACAAAUCUAUCCAAACCCAGGUUGGCAUGAGCAAGAUCCGCUCGAGAUAAUCUCCUCCGUGGAAACAUGCAUAGAAGAAGCCGUCACCAAGCUCGAGGCCCAAUGGUUGUCUCGCUCCGAUAUCAAAGCAGUUGGCAUCACGAACCAGCGCGAAACCACCAUUGUGUGGGACUCAGAAACCGGCGAACUACUCUACAAUGCAAUCGUCUGGACAGACACCAGAUCACAAGAUAUUGUGGAUCGACUCAAACAAGCAUUGGGGGCAUCGCGACUGCAGCAGAUCUGUGGUCUCCCGCUGUCCACCUAUUCAUCGUCAUCGAAGCUUCUCUGGAUGCUUGAGAACGUGCCCGAAGUCCAAGAGGCCUACGAAAGGGGCACGCUGGCUUUUGGUACCGUCGAUGCGUGGCUGGUGUACCGACUCAACGGAGGUCCCAAACGGAACGUCUUCGUGUCCGACCCUACCAACGCCUCGCGAACCAUGUUCAUGAAUCUGCAGACUUUCAGAUACGACGACUAUCUCCUGGACUUCUUCGGCAUCAAAGGCAGGAUCCAUCUGCCCAAGAUAGUCCGCUCUUCGGACACCACGGCCUAUGGGACGCUCGCGCAUGGCGCUCUAGCGGGCACACCGAUCACUGGCUGCCUGGGGGAUCAAUCGGCAGCGCUGGUCGGCCAGAAGGGGUUCUCGCCUGGAACGGCCAAGAACACCUACGGCACGGGCUGCUUCCUUCUGUACAAUGUAGGCGAGACCCCGGUCAUCUCCUCGCACGGUCUCCUGGCCACCGUGGCGUACCACUUCGACGGGAAACCGGUAUAUGCCCUGGAAGGGAGCAUCGCAGUAGGUGGCUCCGGGAUCAAGUUCCUCCAGAACAACCUGGAGUUCUUCAAGGAGCCCGCCGAAGUCAACGAUCUGGCGUUGACAGUCGAGAACAACGGGGGCUGUGUGUUUGUCACUGCCUUCAGCGGCCUCUUUGCUCCCUACUGGAUCGAUGAUGCCCGAGGGACUAUCUUCGGAAUAACCCAAUACACCCAGAAAGGCCACCUCGCCCGCGCCAUCCUCGAAGCCACCUGCUUCCAAACCAAAGCCAUUCUCGCCGCCAUGGAGAAAGACAGCGGCCAUUCCCUCACCGAGCUAGCCGUGGACGGAGGCAUGAGCAACUCGGACCUAGCCAUGCAGAUCCAAGCAGACCUAAUCUCCAUCCCCGUCUACCGGCCCCAAAUGCGCGAGACCACCGCCCUGGGCGCCGCCAUCGCCGCCGGGCUAGCCGCCGGCGUCUGGCGGAACUUCACCGAGCUGCGCGAGAUCAACCGGGCCAGUGGCAGCGGGGGCACGGUCUUCGAGCCCCGGCCCGGAUGUCGCGAGGAGAGCGCGCGGGCGUUCGCCUUGUGGGAGAAGGCGGUGGCGAUGAGUCGGGGGUGGGUGGGCGAUGACGGUCACCGUCGUAGGGCGGGAGAGCAGAACCCAGCGGCGGCGGCGUCGUCGUCGUCGUCGGAGAAUGCUGGCGUGGGUAUGUCUUCGAACUUGAAUGGGGCGGUCUGGCCGCUCCAGGUCUCUUUGAUCGGCAGCACGUCGGCUGAUCUGGAGGGGGCGGAUGAGGAGGACUUGUACCUUGAGUUGCGGAGGGUGGAGAUUCUACAGAGGUUGAGGAAGGUGAGGAGGGCAAAGUCUGGGGUUCUGUGA